AGCAGGGAAAAGUGGAAAAAGUUCCAAAGAAGGACAAGACAUAAUAGAAUCAGAGAUUUCCGGCAGGAAAAACAACCUUCCUGCUACCCCGUCUACCGUAUCCAGCAAAAUAAAAGUGCCCGCCGCUCAGCCCAUAGUGAGGAGGGACAAGCGGCAAAACUCUUCGAGGUUCAGCGCCAGCAACAACAGAGAGCUUCAGAAACUACCGUCUUUGAAAGAUGUUCCUCCUGCUGAUCAAGAGAAGCUUUUUAUCCAGAAGUUGCGUCAGUGUUGUGUCCUCUUUGACUUUGUUUCCGAUCCACUGAGUGACCUAAAGUGGAAGGAAGUAAAACGAGCUGCUUUAAGUGAAAUGGUAGAAUAUAUCACCCAUAACCGGAGUGUGAUCACAGAGCCCAUUUACCCGGAAGUAGUCCAUAUGUUUGCAGUUAACAUGUUUCGAACGUUACCACCUUCCUCCAAUCCUACGGGAGCAGAAUUUGACCCCGAGGAGGACGAGCCGACGUUAGAGGCGGCCUGGCCUCAUCUACAGCUUGUUUAUGAAUUUUUCUUAAGAUUUUUAGAGUCUCCAGAUUUCCAACCUAAUAUAGCGAAGAAAUAUAUUGAUCAGAAAUUUGUAUUGCAGCUUUUAGAGCUCUUUGACAGUGAAGAUCCUCGAGAGAGAGACUUUCUUAAAACUACCCUUCACAGAAUCUAUGGAAAAUUCUUAGGCUUAAGAGCUUACAUCAGAAAACAGAUAAAUAAUAUAUUUUAUAGGUUUAUUUAUGAAACAGAGCAUCACAACGGCAUAGCAGAAUUACUGGAAAUCCUGGGGAGCAUAAUUAAUGGAUUUGCCUUACCACUAAAAGAAGAGCACAAGAUUUUCUUAUUGAAGGUGUUGCUACCUUUGCACAAAGUGAAAUCUCUGAGCGUCUACCAUCCACAGCUGGCGUACUGCGUCGUGCAGUUCUUAGAGAAGGACAGCACCCUCACCGAACCGGUGGUGAUGGCCCUUCUCAAAUACUGGCCAAAGACGCACAGUCCGAAAGAAGUCAUGUUCUUAAAUGAGUUAGAAGAGAUCUUAGACGUAAUCGAACCAUCGGAAUUUGUGAAGGUCAUGGAACCCCUCUUCCGGCAGCUGGCCAAGUGUGUGUCCAGCCCACACUUCCAGGUGGCGGAGCGAGCGCUGUAUUACUGGAACAAUGAGUACAUCAUGAGUCUGAUCAGCGACAACGCGGCCAAGAUCCUUCCCAUCAUGUUCCCGUCCUUGUACCGCAACUCCAAGACCCACUGGAACAAGACAAUACACGGCCUGAUCUACAACGCACUGAAGCUCUUCAUGGAGAUGAACCAGAAACUGUUUGACGACUGUACCCAGCAGUUCAAAGCGGAGAAGCUGAAAGAGAAGCUAAAAAUGAAAGAACGAGAAGAAGCGUGGGUUAAAAUAGAAAAUCUAGCCAAAGCAAACCCCCAGCAUGCGGUGUGUGGUGAAGCGAACACCGUGAGCCUCCCGGUGGCAAUGGGGACGGACAGGCCUCUGUCUGAAGAUGUGCAGACGCUGAGAGAGACAGUGAGUGGACAGGCCCGCCAGGCCCAGAAAGAUCUGAAGAAGGACCGGCCCCUCGUGCGCCGCAAGUCUGAGCUGCCUCAGGACCUCCACACCAAGAACGCCUUGGAGGCUCACUGCAGAGCUGACCAGCUGGUCUCCCAGGACGGGCGCUAG